CUGUCGAGGGACGGUUGGGACAAAGCUGUUGCUGAGCCGGAGUUGUACGGGAGCUUAUCUCCGAGGCUAUGUACAACCACGCGUCCUUCUCAAUAGCUUAUAUACUGCGUACAUGCAUUAUUACGUCUCGAUAGAUUUGUCAAGGAGCAUGAAUCGCAUCCUUCCAAAUUCUACAUGCCACUAGCGAUUUAUAUGAUACCCGUCACGAUGCCAUUUCCCUUACUGGCGGAAUUGCUUCAUCUACCGUAAAGAUCGGCAUCAACGUUCGCGCCGGCUAGCCUUGCAAUGACGCAAUGUUCGCCAUGCGGCUAUACUCCAGACCGUUGAAAUACAGACACAUCCCAGAAGGUAUCGGGUUUCUGAUAAUCGGAUCCAGCCUGGUCUAGCGAUUGUAUACUUUUCGUCGGUUCAGACGAAGCUAGGAGAAAGGUUUGCCUACCAUGUCCUCCACUACGGACUCCACGAUUCCCCUCUGGAUCGACAACCAGCCCAUCCACACCAAGACCACCAUCCCGGUAACCCAAGCUACAUCCAAGGAAAUCGCUCACUACGCCUCCUCUGCAUCCUCCACCGAAGCGACUCAAGCCGCCAUCUCCUCGCUCUCCGCCUUCAAAUCAUGGCGUUCAACCUCGCACACCACUAGACGCGCCCUUCUCCAACGUGUCGCAACGCACUAUAGCACCCACGCCGACGCUCUCGUCGCCACGCAAAUCGCAGAAACAUCCUGCACAGAAGCCUGGGCGCGUCAAAAUGUCAACCUAUCAAUCUCAUACCUUAACGAAAUCGCUGCGCAAAUAAGUUCUGUGAAUGGCGUUAUUCCUCCAACCGAGAAGCCCAACACCCAGGGUUUUGUGUUCAAAGAACCAGUUGGACCGGUUUUGUGUAUCGCGCCCUGGAAUGCAGCGCUCGUUCUUGCAACGCGGGGAAUAGCAAGUGCGAUCGCAGUAGGUUGUACUGUGGUCUUCAAAGCAAGUGAACUAUGUCCAAAAACCCACGGACUCAUUACAAAAGCCUUCUCAGAAGCGGAUUGUCCCGCUGGUGUGUUGAAUCAGAUUCAAUGCGGACGGGAAAGCGCAGCAGAAGUCACCGAGACGUUGAUAGCGCAUGAAGCCAUUCGCAAAAUUGAAUUCAUCGGUAGUGCGGAGGUGGGCAAGAGGAUCAUGGGGAUUGCAGCGAAGUACCUCAAACCCGUAUUAAUGGAACUAGGCGGGAAGUGUCCGGCGAUUGUACUCGAGGAUGCAGAGUUGGAAGAAGCGGCGAAGCAAUGUGCUAUGGGUGCGGUAUUGCAUCAUGGACAAAUUUGUUUCAGUACCGAGAGGAUCAUCGUAAUGGAGGGUGUGGCGGAGAAGUUUAAGGGACUACUCGCUGAAGCUAUGAAGGGAGCCGAGGGUCCAGCUGGAUCGGCGGUAUCGGAGAGUAUCGCAAAGCAUGCUGAGGAUGUUAUUCGGGAUGCGCAGGAGAAGGGUGACGAGGUUCUCGUUGGAGGCGUUGACGCUACUUCUUCGAGCAACGGGGUUGUGCUCAAGCCUACGGUCAUCGUCAACCCCUCGUCGUCAUCCCGUAUACUGGACGAAGAGACCUUUGGUCCUUCCGCAUCAUUAUACGUCGUUUCCUCAGACGAAGAAGCUAUCGCGCUGGCGAAUCGCUCUGCGUAUGGUCUCAAUGCUACUGUUUGGACACGCGACAUGGGACGCUUCAUGAAGAUGUCGCGAGAACUAGAGUACGGCCAAGUCCAUGCCAACAGCAUCUCGGUCUACACUUCGCCGACUGGGAGCCAAGGUGGUGUCAAAGGAAGUGGUUUUGGUCGGCAGAACGGACAAUGGGGACUAGACGAGUUCGUUGUCGAAAAGUUUGUCACUUGGUGUGGGUGAAUAGAAAGCCUUGAUGUGUCAAGAAGAAGAACACUUUGAAGGGGUGAAACAUGCAAAUAGGGCACAAAAGCUGGGUUUUGACGUUUUAUUGCUUGUAGUGAUGGCUACGUCGUACCUAUACGUACAGAAGAGCCAAACACAGUUCAAACAUUAGCACGUGGGUGAAUUACUAUUUCCUCCGCAAUUUUCUUCGUCCUCCCAGCGAUACAUUCUUCGAACAAAGCUUACCAGGUAAAUGUCAUCAACUGCGGGUUAAGCACAAUAGGCAGUAAAAAGUGGAAAACAACCACAGUACCCAUAGGCCAAACAGCGAUAAGUU